CUAGGGUAGAGAGCUGCGGAAGCGGCGUCGCCGGAACCAUGGGCACCCGAUCGCAUAUCUCUGGUGUCCUUGCUGGUGGCGGGAACACCGGGUGGCUCUGGAUGAGCUCCUGCAACCUAGGUUCGCCAGUCCUGCCUAUUUCCUUUCUCUUUUGGUUGUUAUUGGCCGCGCCUGGCGCUCGGGCCGCGGGUUACAAGACAUGUCCCACAACGAAGCCAGGCAUGAUCAACGUGCACCUGCUGCCCCAUACACAUGAUGACGUGGGCUGGCUGAAGACAGUGGACCAAUACUAUUAUGGCAUGGACCUUGACUUCCUGACCUUCAUGCCCACAGUACUGAGUGAUGUUCAGCACGCAUCUGUUCAGUACAUCCUAGACUCAGUAAUCGCCGCUCUCCAGGAGAAUCCCACCCGUCGCUUCAUCUAUGUGGAAAUGGCUUUCUUUUCCCGUUGGUGGGAGCACCAGAGCAACGCAACCCAGGACAUUGUGCGGAACCUCGUGCGCCAGGGGCGCCUGGAAUUUGUCAAUGGUGGAUGGGUGAUGAACGACGAGGCAGCCACCCACUAUGGUGCUAUCGUGGACCAGAUGACACUCGGGCUGCGCUUCCUGCAAGACACAUUUGGUAGUGACGGACUUCCCCGUGUCGCCUGGCAUAUUGACCCUUUCGGCCACUCUCGUGAACAGGCCUCCCUGUUUGCCCAGAUGGGAUUUGAUGGCUUCUUCCUUGGGCGCAUUGACUAUCAAGAUAAAUUUAAUCGGAAGAACCUGCUGAGGAUGGAGGAGCUGUGGAGAGCCAGUGACAGCCUGAAGCCCCCCGCCGCUGACCUCUUUACUGGUGUGCUCCCCAAUAAUUACAACCCUCCGAAGGACCUGUGCUGGGAUGUGCUAUGCACAGAUCCUCCCAUCGUGGAGGAUCCCCAGAGCCCUGAGUUCAAUGCAAAGAAGUUGGUCAAUUACUUCCUGAAGCUCGCCUCUUCCCAGAAAAAGUAUUACCGAACCAACCACACUGUGAUGACCAUGGGCUCAGACUUCCAGUAUGAGAAUGCCAACAUGUGGUUCAAAAAUAUGGACAAGCUUAUCCGCCUGGUGAACGCGCAGCAGGCGAAAGGGAGCCAGGUCCACGUUCUCUACUCCACACCUACGUGUUACCUCUGGGAGCUGAACAAGGCCAAACUCACCUGGACAGUGAAGAAGGACGACUUCUUUCCUUAUGCCGAUGGCCCCCACAUGUUCUGGACUGGCUAUUUUUCCAGCAGGCCAGCCCUCAAGCGCUAUGAGCGCCUCAGUUACAACUUCCUGCAGGUGUGCAACCAGCUUGAAGCACUGGUGGGUCCCCAAGCCAACGUGGGACCCUAUGGCUCAGGAAACAGUGCACCCCUUAAGGAGGCCAUGGCGGUGCUCCAGCACCAUGACGCUGUCAGUGGUACUGCAAAGCAGAAUGUUGUAAAUGACUACGCGAAGCAGCUGGCAGCAGGCUGGGGACCCUGUGAGGUUCUCGUGAGCAACGCUCUGGCACAACUCAGCCAAUACAAACAGAACUUCUCAUUCUGUCGCGAGCUCAACAUCAGCAUCUGCCCAGUCAGCCAGAAGUCGGAGCGCUUCCGGGUAACUGUUUACAACCCCGUGGGGCGAAAGGUGGAUCGGAUGGUUCGGCUGCCUGUCGGUCAAGGCAACUACUUCGUGAAGGACCCCAAUGAUAAGAGCGUUCCCAGUAAUGUGGUGAUGGUUCCCAGUUCUUACCAGUCGUACCAGUUUGAGCUGCUGUUCCCAGUCUCAGUGCCCGCCCUGGGCUUCAGCAGCUACUCUGUGACCAAAGUGAGUGGCCGUAACGACCAGGCCCGCCACCUGCUGGCCAGGCCCAGGAAGCCCAAGUCCCGGGUCUUAGUCAUUGAAAAUAAGUACAUUCGGGCCACAUUUGACUCCGACACGGGCUUGUUGAUGAAGAUUGAAAACAUGGAAGAGAAUAUCUUGCUGGAAGUGAGCCAAGGCUUCUUUUGGUACAACGCCAGCGUUGGGGAUGGGAAGAGUUCUCAGGCUUCUGGUGCUUACAUCUUCAGACCUGGUGCUCGAAAACCACGGCCUGUGAGCCGCUGGGCUCAGAUCAGUUUGGUGAAGACAGACUUGGUGCAGGAGGUACACCAGAAUUUUUCAGCCUGGUGUUCUCAAGUGAUUCGCCUGUACAAAGGACAGCGUCAUUUGGAGCUGGAGUGGACAGUGGGACCAAUCCCAGUGGAAGAUGACUGGGGGAAGGAGGUCAUCAGCCGCUUUGACACCCCAUUGAAAACCAAGGGAGAAUUCUUCACGGACAGCAACGGCCGGGAGAUCCUGAAGAGGAGGGGUGAUUACCGACCCACUUGGACGUUAAAUCAGACUGAGCCCGUGGCUGGAAACUACUAUCCUGUCAACACUCGAAUUUACAUCAUGGACGGCCAAAUGCAGCUGACCGUGUUGACUGACCGCUCCCAGGGGGGCAGCAGCCUGCAGGAUGGCUCACUGGAGCUCAUGGUGCACCGACGGCUGUUGGUGGAUGAUCAGCGUGGAGUGGGGGAAGCCUUGUUGGAGACAAAUACCGGGGAUAAGGUUCGAGGGCGCCACCUUGUGGUGGUGAGCUCUGUUAGAGGUGCGGCUGCAAGACACCGACUGCUGGCGGAGCAGGAAGUCCUGGCCCCUCAGGUGGUGCUGGCUCCGGGGAGCGGCAGUCCCUAUCGAUCCCAGGCAUCACUAAAGACUCAGUUCUCUGGGCUUCGCCAAGCCCUACCCCCACAGGUGCAUCUGCUCACGCUGGCUCGCUGGGGUCCAAAGAUGGUGCUGCUGCGCUUGGAGCACCAGUUCGCCGUGAAAGAAGAUCAUAACCUGAGCUCCCCUGUGACCUUGAACGUGGAGAACCUGUUCCAGACCUUCACCAUCGUCUACCUGCAGGAGACCACGCUGGCAGCCAACCAGCCCCUGUCCAGGGCUUCCAGGCUCAAGUGGAUGACAAAUACCGGGCCCAUCUCCUACCCAGCUCCUUCCACGUUGGACCCUACCUCAGUCACACUGCAGCCUAUGGAAAUACGGACCUUCCUGGCCUCAGUUCAGUGGCAAGAAGCCAGCUAGGCCUGCCAGGAGCAGGAGCAGGAGCAGGAGCAGACCUCCUCUUCUCCUGCUGUAACCACUCAAAAAAAUCAUUAAAAGGUUUCUACUGAGA